GAAUAUACACAGGUGAAAAAUAAAGAUGAAGAAUUAGAAAAGAAGAAAAAAGAAGAAGAAAAAGUUAAAAGAUAUAGAGUAAAAAAUAAAAAUAACUAAACGGGUAAAACCAAAAAAAAAAUACAAAAAAAAAUUAAAAGUAUUACGGAUUAAAGAGUUUUUGGUGUUAUUCGAGAGCUAAAUAUUUGUGUUAAAGAAUGGAAAUAAAGUAAAACACGUGAAAAUAAAAAAAAUAUUUUUACUCGAAUUGUUGAAAUUUUUGGAAAUAAUAAACGUUGGAAGAAAAACGGAAGAAAAUGUCUCUUGUUGUACUGAUCAAAAAUGCUACCCAUUUGAGAGGGAGGUAUGAUCGGAUAGCAAGAGUCACGUUCAGAGAUAUAACAUACCAAACACAAGUAUAUGAAGAUUGUUCUGAUGCAGAUUGGGAUGAGGAAUUUGACUGGCCUUUGGAAGGUCCGUUAUCUCCGAGUGAAUACAUUGAAAUUCAAGUCCUCAAUCACAAUAAAAUAUUUAGCAACAGAGUUGUUGGUGUGUUUCGCAUGGUCUUACAAAAACUCAUCAAUGAAAAUCAUCUUGAUAUAACUGAUAGUUUGCUGGACAAUAAUAACACAGUUCUCAAGGCACAAAUUUCUCUCGAACUUACAUAUAAUCCUCCAGAUGGGAACAUACGAGAAUUGCUGUUUGGCAUACCCCAGUCAAGGAAUAAUGCAUACGGUGAUAGCCUAGAUGGCAUAGAGACUAAAUUUGUACCAUCAAGUAAAGGUCGACGUGGAUCUGGAUUUAGUCUUCCUGGUUAUAAGCAUGAACGUAAUGGAGGAUUACAUGGCUCACUCCUGAGUUUGCCAACACCUCGUGAGAAACGAGUAAAAAAUAAUAGAUCUCAAUCUGAUGGACCUGCAUUGUUUAGUGUUGACAGUCACAGUCAAAAGACACCUGAUCCAAACCAACUAGGAGUGGUUGCUGGUCCAUUUGGACAGAUGUUGCAAGCUAAAGAACAGUCCUCCAGUAGAAGAGGUUCCCAGUACAGUUUGAAUUCUGUGAGUGGUGUUAAGGACGGGAAAUUCCACCAACAUCCAAAGGUUCGUGUUGAAACAAGAGAACCUGUCAAAGAGAUUGACUAUCAGAUACAAUUACGAAUAAUUGAAGCUAGACAAUUAUCAGGAAUGCAGUUGGAUCCUGUUUGCACGGUCACUAUUGGUAACCAAAAGAAGCACACUGCUGUAAAAGAACAAACCAACACGCCAUUUUGGGAUGAAUUUUUUGUGUUUGAUUUUAAAAUGCCAGCACCAGUUUUGUUUGACAAGAUAAUAAAUUUUCAAGUUUUUACUGGACGAAAUCUUGUGAGUCAAGGUGCACUGAUUGGUUCUUUUAAGCUUGAUAUUGGAACGGUUUAUGCACAAGCUGAUCAUCGUUUUGUGCGACGAUGGGCAGUACUAACAGAUCCUGAAGAAACAUUAGGUGCAUCAGGCGCUGGUGUCAAGGGGUAUUUAAAAGUAGACAUUACAGUCCUUGGCAAGGGAGAUCCUAUCAAAGAACCUCCAAGUGUGAAAGACAACGAAGACGAUAUUGAAGGAAAUUUAUUACUACCUGAGGGUGUACCUGCUGAAAGACCAAAGGCUCGAAUUGUUGUUAAACUUUAUAAAGCAGAAGGUCUGCCCAAAAUGAAUUCAGGUUUAAUGGCUAAUGUUAAGAAAGCUUUUACUGGUGAAGUUAGAGACCUGGUUGAUCCUUAUAUAGAUGUUCAGUUUGCAGGUCAAAGGGCAAAAACCUCUGUGAAGAAGCAUACAUAUGAACCAGAGUGGAAUGAACAAAUCACAUUUUCAGAACUGUUUCCACCUCUAUGCAGAAGAAUUAAAAUUCAAUUAAAAGACAGUGAUUCUGUUACAGAUGAAGUUGUAGGCACUCACUUCAUUGAUCUCUCUCAGAUUUCAAAUGACGGUGCUAAUGGUUUUAUGCCAACUUUUGGUCCAUGUUGGGUGAAUUUAUAUGGUUCUACUCGUGAUUUCUCACUGUUUGAUGAACAUAAUAGUCUCAACGCUGGAUUGGGUGAAGGUGUUGGCUAUCGUGGACGCUUGCUGAUGGCUGUUCAAGCAGAAAUGGGAGAUUCUGCUUCAGAUGCUGCUAUAAAGCAAGUUGAAGUAGAAGCGGCAUCGCCAAUAUCAGAUACUGCUUCUGGCAAAGAAGAAACAUUCCAGCUUUUUGCUUGUAUUCACGAUGCCAAUAUGAUAGAAAGAAAAACAGCGGAUCGAACAAUUCAGUUUGAAAUGUCUAUAGGUAAUUCUGGAAAUACUAUUGAUGGCCAUGUGAUUAGAGAUGUUGUGGAUGCAAACGAAGGCGAUCCAGGCGAUGACCGGUUUGUCCAUUCUUUAUCACAGCAAUGCAAAGCAAUAUCUGCUGAUCGUCAGUACUAUCAUUUACCAUAUGAUGAUACAAAACCUUGUCUUCAUAUAAAGUUUUCCUGGCAGGAUCAUCGAAGAAGACUGUUUUUAUCAAACAUGUUGAAUAAACUGUUGGAAGCUUUGAGUGACAGUUUGGAUGACAUUCACGAAAGGGUAAAAAUGGAUUUAGAUGACACAUACAAACAUUUGCAGAGAUGUUUACAUGAAAUCAUUCAGCAUUCGCAGCAUUUUAUUUCUAUUGCUGAUGGACGGAUUAGUGGGUCAACAAUCGGGAAGUCAAAAUUGGACCGUGAGAGAAACAAACUGUGUUUAUCAGAAGUGCGCCAAGUAGCUGAGCAAGCAAGAAUGGUUUUGGAAAGCAUUCGUGAUAACAGUCACAUUAAAGAGAAUCUCAAAUGUGUGUUGGAAUUUCAGAAAAGAAUACAAACAAUUCUAGUGGAGCCUCAAGACAGUUUACCUGACAUCUUCAUCUGGAUGUUGAGCGGUGGUAAAAGAGUUGCAUAUACACGCAUUCCCGCCCAGCAUGUUAUCUACUCACAAACAGAUUAUGAACGAGGAAGAGAUGCUGGAAGGUUACAGACCAUAUUUCUAAGGUUACCUGGUAAAAGAGGUGAAGGACCUAAAGGCUGGAACAUACAAGCAAAAUUAAAUAUACUCAUAUGGCUUGGUCUACACAAACAUAAAAAAGAUUUUUUGAAGGACGCACCAAAAGGUUUCCAAAUGCCAAAAGGUGCUGCUAAAGUCCUUGCUCCACCACCUAACCAACUACAAUACACUGAAAUGAGAAAGUUUAUUUUGCGUGCUCAUUUAUAUCAAGCAAGAAGUUUGAUUGGAAGUGAUGCAUCUGGUUUAUCAGAUGCGUUUGCUCGAGUUAUUAUAGGCAGUCAAGCCGCCGACACACGUGUCAUAUGGGAAACUCGCUCACCGACCUGGGACCAGAUGAUCAUUUUCCAUGAUAUUAUUGUAUGGGGGGAUGUAAACACAAUUGCAAGCAAUCCACCAACCAUAGUAACUGAAAUAUUUGAUAAAGACAUUGGGGGUGAUUCAGAGUUCAUAGGUCGCGCGUUGUCCAGGCCUAUUGUGAAAUUAGCACAUGAGAAAUAUGAAAAACCUGUUUUUCCACCUGCAUUGGAAUGGUUUGAAAUAUUGAGAGGUGAUGAAAAAGCUGGAGAACUAUUGGCUGCAUUCGAAUUACUUCAGGUUGUAGACGAAGGCAAAUGCUUCUUGCCCGAUGAAGUGGAACCAAUUGAUUCACCUGACGGAAAAAUACUGCCAGUACCUGAUGGAAUUCGACCGAUUAUGAAGAAACACAGGAUUGAGGUGUUAUUCUGGGGUGUUCGUGAAAUGAAGCGUGUCAAUCUGACCACGGUGGACCGUCCACAAGUAGAUGCUGACUGUGCUGGACAUGUGGCGCAGUCAACUGUUAUUGUUAAUGCGAAGAAAAAUCCAAACUUUGCAAACCCGGUGGCUUACUUCGAUGUGGACUUACCAGAGAACGAACGAUAUUGUCCACCGCUGACCAUACGUGUUCGUGAUUGCCGAACGUUUGGUCGGUUCACAUUGGUGGGAACACACGUGGUCAACUCGCUGCACAAGUAUUUGCAGGAUCCUGAUCAUUACAAACACUUAGCCGAAAUAAAGAGGAUUGAUGACGACUCCUCUCGUCCCCAAUCUCCUGCUCCGAAAAAGCAAGCCAUGGUCGAAUUGUAUGAUGAUAUAAACGAGGACCAUGAACAAGACAAAGACGAGAUUGUGUCGUUUGAAAAAGCUUCGAAAAGGUCAAAGAUUGAGCUUCCGACCUCUAAGAAAACAUUGGAUGACGACGAAGAUGACGAGGCGUCGUUGGACUGGUGGUCAAGGUAUUACGAAACGAGUAAAGACGAAGAAAGAGAAGAAGAUGAGCGCAAAUUGAGGGAAACAAGAGUAAAACCUGACAGUAUGAAAAAAAAGAAAAACAUUGAAGAUGGGGAUGUAGAAGCAGAGAAACGGAUAAAGAAACCGAAUCCGAAGAUUACCCGAUUAAAGAUUUUUCGACAAGAACUGGAAACUGUUACCGACUUUGCCGGUUUCAACGAUUGGUUGCAUUCUUUUCCGUUGUAUCGUGGUAAAAAGACGUCGGAUGAUGACGAUGACGAGCAUAGAAUUGUGGGUAAAUUCAAGGGAGCCAUAAAAGUAUGGAAGCAUCCAUUACCAAAAUUUCUCGAGGUUGAAAGUCCAACCGCGUCUUUUUUCAAACUUCCAAGUAACGAACCAGUAAAUGUAUUGGUGAGGGUAUAUGUGAUCCGGGCAUUAGACCUCCAUCCUACAGACAUUAACGGAAAGUCUGAUCCUUAUGUUGUGAUCUCACUUGGCCGGCAGAAGAUGAAGGAUCGUGAUAACUAUGUGUCAAAGCAACUCAACCCAAUUUUUGGAAGAGUGUUUGAUUUCGAAGCGAUCAUUCCAAUGGAAAACAUGCUGACGAUAGCAAUAUAUGAUUACGAUAUGGUUGGUUCCGACGAUUUGAUUGGUGAAACCAAAGUAGAUAUUGAAAACCGUUUCUACUCAAGACAUAGACCGACGUGUGGACUGUCUUCUACAUACACAACGUUUGGUUUUAAUAAAUGGCGAGACCCAAUGAAGCCAACUCAAAUUCUGGCCAGAAUUUGUAAGGAUGAAGGACUCGAUGGUCCUCAUUAUACACCGCCUGGAAAAUGUCGUGUGGAGAAUAUGAUAUUCGCAGCAGCGUCUACCAUUAUGGAUGAAGCAGGAAAUCAAAAACCAUCUGAUGAACCAUGUGCUUUGAAAGCUCUCCACAACCUGCAUCGAAUACCAAAUAAAGGCUUUUCCUUGACACCGGAACAUGUUGAAACGAGGUCGCUGUUCAAUCCAGAAAAACAAGGCAUCGAACAGGGCAAAGUAGAAUUAUGGAUUGAUAUGUUUGCUAUGGACAUGCCAUCGCCGGGUGCUCCUGUGGAAAUCACACCAAGAAAGCCAGCAAUGUACGAGCUUCGCGUGAUCAUUUGGAACACUGAGGAUGUUCUUAUGGACGAAAUCAAUUUGGUGACUGGAGAAGCGUGUAGUGAUAUCUACGUGAAAGGUUGGUUAGAGGGCAUGAAGGAUGAGAAACAGCAAACAGAUGUUCAUUAUCGCUCACUGACUGGUGAAGGAAAUUUCAAUUGGAGAUUCGUCUUUCCGUUUCAAUAUCAAAAAGCUGAGGAGAAAAUCGUCAUCAAGAAAAAGGCUAAUUUUUUCUCUUGGGAUGAAUCUGAAGAAAAGGUGCCAUCAAGAUUGACAUUGCAAGUGUGGGACGCGGAUGCGUUCAGUGCAGAUGACUUUAUCGGUGACCUGUGUCUUGACCUCGCGCAUAUGCCACGUGGAGCGAAAACGUCGAAAACAUGUACUUUGGAUACAAUGAAAUGCGAUAAAACGGUUUCCAUCUUUAAAGUAAAACAUAUGAAAGGCUGGUGGCCAUUUGCAGUCAAUACAGAUUUGGAGGCAAUUGAGCUUGCGGGGAAAGUUGAAGCUGAAUUAGAACUCCUCACGCAAGAAGAGGCUGAAAAAGUGCCGUGUGGUUUAGGAAGAGAUGAGCCACAACCGCUUGAUAAACCAAAUCGCCCGGACACAUCUUUCACGUGGUUUAUGAAUCCUUUUAAAUCGUUACGUUACAUGAUAUGGGAGCAAUAUAAAUUUUGUUUGUUGAAGUUUUUGGUGGUGGGAAUGUUAAUAGCACUUAUGGUUCUCUUUUUCUAUUCCAUGCCGGGUUACACAGUGAAGAAGAUCUUCGGUGCAUAAACAGCAAAUAUGCAUAAUACAUCAGCCAGUCCUUACUUUUCUUCUCUCAUGUAAAAUAUAAAAUAUUAUGUAAUAGUAUUUAUAAUCGUGAAACUCUAUUCCUAACAAACACUGCAGUACGUACUACAAAAUACAACCAAAUAAAAGAUCGCUCAAUUAAAACGCGAUCAACUUUA